AUGAGCGCGAAUGAUGCCAGCCUGGCACAGGCCAGCCAUGGCAGUUUGUCGGCAGCACUGCAGCGCAGGACCAGGAAGACGGGACGCACCACCUCCGCCAGACUCCUGCCCACUACUGCGGCAUGCGGAGCGGCAGCGGUCGUGGAUCGCGAUGCAGCGAUCCUGGCCACCCCCGCCGAACUUGAAGAGAACACAGAGCCAGCAUGGCUGGACUGGGAGGAGGUGGGCCAUGAAUCGCCGGCCAGUGGCGGCGAAGGAGCCGGCCCGGCUCCGAUUGAGGCCCCAGCCAGCCAGGGCCUGGGUCUCUCCAUCAGCCUGAUUGGCGAGGGCGCGCCCAAGCCGCCCGCGAAGCGGCGGGGUGUCAGCCAGGCCGACCGCGAGGCCGCGCAGCGCCUGCACAGGAGCCAUGCGUUGUGCCUGCUGGGGCGCGCCCUCCUCUACGACGCCGCCUCCAGCGACGCCGGCCUGCAGGCGAGGGCCGUCAUCCUCUCCCUGCUCCCGCCCGAACUGGCCGGCUCCAGCCCAAUCCCUCGUGCCGACCCUUCCCAGCGAGCCGACCCUGCUCAAAUGGGGGAGCUGCUGGCCUGGUUCAGGGGCGGCUUCCGACCCCUGCGGCGGAGCGCCGUCCAGGUGACACCCGCCGACGGCGAGGAUGCGCUGGGCGCCACGCUGCGUGCGGCCCGCGGGAUCCCCGCGGUCGUGGAGCAGCUGCAGCGCGUCGCUGCACAGCGCACUGGCAGCGUGGAGGAGCUGGUGGCUGUGUUCGUGGCCGCGCUCCGAGCUCUGGGCAUCGCCGCCCGCACGGUGCGCGCGCUCUGCCCCUGCCCCCUGAGACCGUCAGUGAUGCGGGAGGAGGCGGGAGAGGUUGGCGCUCGGAGAUUGGCCGGGAGGCCGCGCAAAGCAGCAGCUGCUGCUGCUGACGCGGACUCCCGAAAGGAGUCCGCCCAGGCUGGCAAGUCCCAGAAGCCGCGGAGGAGGAAGGGCCGCCCCAACCCCGGCGUAGAUGUCAGUCUGGAUGCCGGGCCCUCGUCAGCCACGCCUGCGGCCUGUGGGAAGCGCAGGAGGGGGGAUGAGGAGCUGGAGCAGCAGCUGGCCAUGGCCAUGGCAGCCACCGCGUUCCAGCAGCCAGUGAAAGAGGACGGCUCCACUGAAGGCGCCCCUCGAGAGCCCAGCACCGGAUUCCUGUCUCGCAACAGUGCUCGCCCAGAGCCCCAGACAGGCGUGCUCAGCGUGUCCACCCCGGGCAUCGGCCGCUUCUGGGUGGAGGUGCUGGUGGAAGGCACGGCGGCCCCCCGCUGGGUCCAGGCCGACCCCAUCACCGGGUGGUGGGACCGGGCGGCCGACGUGGAGCGCCUGCACCCCAGCGGGCGCAGCCUGGCCUACGUCGUGGGCUGCCGGGCGGGCGGAGCCAAGGACCUCACCCGUCGGUACGCCGCGAACUGGGUGGCAGCCGGGAGGCUGCGGGACGGGCGGUGGUGGGACGCCACCCUGGACCCCCUGCGCCGGCUGGAGUCCCGGGCUGCGCACCUGGCCGCGGAGGCGAAGGAGGAGCCGGCGGUCGGUGCCUGCCACUCGACUGACCACUUACCGGCAGUUUCCCUGGCGGCACGCGAGGACGACGAGCUGGCGCACCGGGCGUUGCAGCACGAGCGCAGCGUACCCCGCACGCAGGAGGGCUUCCGGGCGCACGGCGUGUACGUGCUGGAGCGCCACAUCCCCAAGCACCAGGCGCUGCGCCCCGGGGUCAAAGCGCACGGCAUGCACAGGGGCGAGGCGUACUAUGUGCGCAAGGACCUGGCCGACGUCCACACCCAAGACCGGUGGCGGCGCCUGGGACGAGACGGCGAGUGGCAGACGAGGGUGGCGGUGCCGCUGGCGGCCAGGAACGGCAAGGUGCCGCGCAACGCCAUGGGCAACGUGGAGGUGCCGCCGCUGGCGCAUGCGCUCCCCCUGGGCACCGUGCACUUGGACCUGCCCUCCGUCUUCGCCGUCUGCCAGGCGCUGCGCGUGGACGCCGCCCCCGCCCUGGCCGGCUUUGAGCACCGCGGCGGCCGGGCCACGCCCUGCCUGCGAGGCGUGGUCGUCGCCGCCGAACACGAGGGCGCUGUGCUGGAGCUGUACUGGCGCCAGGCCAGGGAGCGGGAGGCCAGGGCCGAGGCGCGGCGGCGCCAGGCGGCGGAGGCGGCAUGGCGGAGCCUGCUCCGGGCGCUGCUGGCCCGGGUCAGGCUGCAGGCGCGGUACGGAGAGGAGGGUGCGGGGCAGGGCGGCAGCAUGCAGGACGCCGCGGCGACGCUGCUGGAGCCCGAGGCGCGGGGGGGGACCACGGGAACUGACGGCGCCUACGCGCCUCCCAGACCGCAAAAACCAGACACCCCUGAGGACAGGGCCGCUCGCUUGGCCGCUGCAGAGGCGGCCCAAUCGCGACAAGCCAAGUUCGAGCACAGCGCCGUUGGGCGAGCGACCCUGAAGUCGGUCAAGGCGGUGCAGGCAGAGCGGCAGGCGGGGCGGCCGCCUGCGGGGAAGGACACCGCAGGCGACUGGCUGUCAUGA